UUAAAAAAUUAGGAGGAUUAGGGCACCGGCACACACAGCUUCCACUCCCCGCCUCCCCGGCAUUCUUCUUCUUCGUGCUUCACUGCCUCGUCCGUUCUUCGGCCGGUCAGCCACGUCCGACGGCCACCACCAACCACCAGCCAUCCAGCCAUAUACGUCACCAUCGGUCUACCACAAUUCGCAGUUUCGCAGCUCACAGCCUCACCAGUCACCAAUACGAUUCGCCGUCGAUCACCGCACCGUCACACCGGAUACAUCUGGUUCUCUCGUUUCCGUCAUCGUUGACAGUUCCUGCCGCUGGCCACUAGCCCGUGGUUGUUCAUUGCCAGCAGCGGAGCAGCUAACUGGAUUAGCAGUUUGGAAAGUGAGAGAUAAAUUAUGGGCAAAGCAUCAAGGGAUAAGAGGGAUAUAUAUUACCGGAAAGCAAAAGAAGAAGGUUGGCGUGCUCGAAGUGCCUUUAAACUCCUUCAGAUAGAUGAGGAGUUCAACAUUUUUGAAGGAGUGAAGCGUGUUGUAGAUUUAUGUGCUGCCCCAGGUAGCUGGAGUCAGGUUUUGAGUCGUAAAGUGUAUCUCCCGGUUAAACUUGCACCUGAUGCAAAGGAUGAAGAUCUUCCUCUUAUUGUAGCUAUUGAUUUGCAGCCAAUGGCUCCAAUUGAAGGUGUUAUCCAGGUGCAGGGUGAUAUAACUAAUGCACGGACUGCUGAAGUGGUCAUCAGACAUUUUGAUGGCUGCAAGGCUGACCUAGUUGUGUGUGAUGGUGCUCCGGAUGUUACUGGGCUUCAUGACAUGGACGAAUUUGUUCAGUCCCAACUCAUACUUGCAGGUUUGACAAUUGUUACCCAUGUCCUUAAGGAAGGAGGGCAAUUUAUAGCAAAGAUAUUUAGAGGAAAAGAUACAAGUCUUUUAUAUUGUCAGCUAAAAUUAUUUUUCCCUGUUGUUACUUUUGCAAAACCAAAAAGCAGUCGCAAUUCCAGCAUAGAGGCAUUUGCAGUUUGUGAAAACUAUUCCCCUCCUGAAGGAUUCAAUCCAAAAGAUCUUCAUCGCCUUCUUGAGAAGGUUGGAAGUCCCUCAGGGGUAGAUGAUACAGAUUGUUGUAGUGGGUGGUUGGAAGGCCCUAACAAGGUGUAUAUACCAUUUCUAGCAUGUGGUGACCUUAGUGGAUAUGAUUCUGAUCGCUCAUAUCCACUACCUAAAGUUGUUGGGGGAACCUAUCAGAGCCUUGAUCCUGUUCAGCCCCCAAUUGCACCUCCUUACAAGAGAGCAUUGGAGUUGAAAAAGGGCACUAGUCAAGGAGGAGGAAUCCGAGAACUUGAAAAUCUCACAUUGGAUUCUUGAUCAUUGUUGCCAUUUUGAAUUUCUUUUUGGUUCUUCUUACCAUUUGGUAUGAUUAGUGGAAUGACAAUUAUUAGCGUACGUGUGAACUUUAUUGCUUUUGUUUGUGUUCUGCUUGUGCCAUCAUUGCCUUGCCUGGCUAA